AUGCUAGGAGAUUCAUACCCCGCCGCUGUUCGAAGGUUCCAGCAAAUGGAAAAACGGUUCUUCAUUGAUGACCAUCUUCGUAAAAGCUAUUCUGAGUUCAUGGAGGAGUAUGAGAGGUUGGGUCAUAUAGAGUUGAGUCCCGUCGCAUCGCGUAGCCCACAGUUUUCCUUCACCAGCAUGCCAUCCAGCGUCCAGAGAGUACGACCACAAAAAUACCAUAUUCAGCCAGCUCUAUUUGCUACAAUCAUCAACUUCCGUUUACCACGAUUCGCCAUAUCCGCCGAUGCGGAGAAGAUGUUUCGCCAGAUGUGGGUUCACCCAGAUGACCGAAAGUUCCAGCAAAUUCUCUGGCGCAACAAUCCGUCAGAACCAAACCGCAAGUAUCAACUUAAAACCGUCACUUACGGUCUUGCAAGUUCGCCAUUCCAUGCUGCUCGCGUUUUAAAUCAAUUAGCUACAGACGAAGGACAUCGCUUUCCGCUGGCUGUGCCAGUGAUACGGAAAGGCACCUACGUAGACGACGUUCUACGUUCUACGAAAUCCGGUGGUUUUGUAUUUCGCAAGUGGGCAUCCAACUGCAAGACAGUCCUCAGUCAAGUCCCAGAAGAACUCUGGGAGACCUCAGCAGAUUUGGAGCUCGAUCGUUCGCAAGCCGUCAAAACUUUGGGGUUGUUGUGGUUCCCUCACCAGCAUGACGUCUUCAAAAUCAAGGUUCCCGCUCUUCCAGAGCUUGAGGUCGUCACCAAGCGGAUUGUCGUGUCGGAAAUGUCCCAACUAUUCGACCCGCUUGGACUCCUAGGACCUGUGGUGGUCAGUGCCAAAAUGUUCAUCCAAUCUCCCUGGGCAGCACAUAUCUCGUGGGAAUCUGAGCUUGCGAAAGAAGCAGCCGUAUGGUGGAAGAAGUAUCGUGCAAACAUUAAGGAGCUUAUCCCGCUGCAGGUUCCAAAAAGGGUCCUGUGGAACAAGGAUACAGAACGCCAGUACUCAGUACACUGCUUCUGCGAUGCCUCGCAGAAGGGAUUCGGAUGCUGCGUGUACAUCGUAUCUUUGGAUGAGUAUGGCCAGCUCCAUUCGCACCUGCUCACGUCGAAAUCUCGCGUCGCACCUCUUCGUGGAAAGUUAAUUCCACGCUUGGAGCUCCGCGCAGCCCUUCUCGGGAGUCAACUGGUCCACUGCAUACGAACUGACACCAACAUCACUGGACCAAUCACAUUUUGGACCGACUCUACUAUCGCACUUCACUGUAUCAAAUCCAGAUCAAAUUCCUGGAAAGUCUUCGUGUCGAAUCGGGUCGCAGAGAUCCAACGCUUAACGAAGGAUGCGCAGUGGAUGCACGUACCGACCGAUCUAAAUCCUGCCGACCAUAUCUCCCGAGGAUUACUUGCAAGCCAGAUCAUCUACGACAAGCUGUGGUGGCAUGGGCCAGAGUAUCUCACAUUCCCCGCCAAUGUUUCCGAUUUCGAUGCCGAAUAA